UACAGGUUGAAAAUAACAAACUGUUGUUAACAGGACCUAUCCCAAUGGAAAUUCUAAAGAAAGUCCCUCCUAUCAUAAAAAUAUCAUUAAUAGCUACAGACAAUGGUCAGCCAACCCUGUCGGUCAAUUAUUCUUUUUCUCUUCCAAUUACGAAUGUCCAAAUAUUUGCUGCAGAACUGCCAUCAGUUUCAUUGGAUAAUCAGAAAUUGUGGGAAGACUCUGAAAUAGGGUUUGUGAUUGGGAGGUUAUUCAGUAUAAACCAGACCAUUGAUGAGGAAAUUAUAUUUAAACUGAUAUAUAACCCAGGAGAGCUCUUUGCUAUUAAAGAUAAUAAGUACUUAAUACUAGCUAAAAACCUAAGGGAAGUGGAAGGUACUUCAGCAAGGAUUACUGUGCAAGUAAAGAACAGUGAAACUUUUGAAAUGGAGACACAGAACAUCACCAUAUUUAUUAAAAGAGUUGAUAAGUGUGAAGUAAAUGGUAAGAAAUGUGAUGAUAAUGCUCGCUGUGUGAAAUCUGGGAAUUCUACUAAGCAUAUUUGUAGCUGUGAAGUUGGAUUUAUAGGGGAUGGGUAUUUGUGUGAGAACAUUGACUACUGUCAUCAAAAUUCAGCAGCUUGUUUUAAUAAUGGCACUUGUGUGAACAAGAUAGAUGGGUAUGCUUGUCUUUGUGAUGAAGGAUUUGUAGGCAUGCAUUGUGAAAUAGCCACUGUAUCUGAGGAUCUGUGUUCAGCCAUGCCUUGCCAGAAUGGAGGUGUCUGUUCAUUCAUUGAAGGGAAGAGAGCUACCUGCUCCUGUGUACCUGGCUGGGAGGGGGAGCUGUGUGAGAGAAGUGAAGAUGACUGUGUGAAUGCUGUCUGUCUUGGUAAUGGAACUUGUGUGGACAGGUACAGGAACUAUGUCUGUGUGUGUUCUGAGGGCAGGACAGGGGUAUUCUGUGAGUAUCAACCUAGUCUUUGCCAUGACCAAAAGGUAUGUAGUAGGAAAGAUGUGUGUAUACCUAUAGGAAACAGAAAGAAAGUGAUUUGUGCCAAUGAGUCCUGUGUUAUAGACAUCACCAUUGGUACAGGGACUAAAACAGACAUGGCAGAGCUGGAAGCUAGAUUUACGGAGGCAGUUCUCCAACUUAUAAGGCAGACAGAGAGUUUACAGUCAACUAACAGGGGAAAGAGGCAAACAUCAUCAGAUCCAUUUGUCUACAUCAUCAGCAUCACACCAAAACAGGAUGGUCAAUCAUGGGAUGUUAAGUUUGUGGUGUUUGAAAGUGGUGGAGUUGUAAACACUAGAGAGGAUGUGUAUGACAUUCUUAAUCAGGCCUGUUCCUCUAAUGCACCUGAUGAAGAGUUCAACAUGUUGGUUUGUCCAUCAGUCCAGAUGCAUCAUCAACUAAAGGAAAACGGGGAGAAAUUUAUCCUCACUGCAAUAAUAGCUGUCCUUGUAGGACUCGUUGCUGUUUUUGUGUUCAUAUGUGUUUGUGUUUGGAUAAAACGGAGGAGGGGGAGGAAGUCAGAUGAGACCAAGACAGAACAGGGAACCAGUAAAGAUAUGGACUCUUACACAGAAUCCUCAUCACGGAGAUCCAGUGGUUAUGCUUCCAUCUCAAAGAAAUCCACAACAGGCUUAAAGGAUGAAAGUGGUCAAUCCUCAGAACACAGGGCAACAUCUCUGUAACUUCAUGACAUUCCAUAAUAAAACUGGGAUCAGGCCAGGUGUUUAGUUUUCUGUAACAAGACAUUCCAUAAUAAAACAACUGGGAUCAGGUGUUUAGUUUUCUGUAAUGUAACAUGACAUUCCAUAAUAAAACUACUGGGAUCAGGUGUUUAGUUUCUGUAACAUGACAUUCCAUAGUAAAACUACUGGGAUCAGGUGUUUAGUUUUCUGUAAUGUAACAUGACAUUCCAUAAUAAAACUACUGGGAUCAGGUGUUUAGUUUCUGUAACAUGACAUUCCAUAGUAAAACUACUGGGA